AGCCGUAUGGCGGAGAGCCUGCGUUUGUUCGAUUCCAUCUGCAACAACAACUGGUUCACCAAUACCUCGCUCAUCCUCUUCCUCAACAAGAAGGACCUGCUGGCUGAGAAGAUCAAGCGUAUCCCACUGACGGUCUGUUUCGCUGACUACAAGGGGCAAAACACCUACGAGGAGGUGGCCGUGUACGUGCAAAGGCAGUUUGAGGACCUCAACCGCAACAAGGAGACAAAGGAAAUCUACUCGCACUUCACUUGCGCCACUGACACCAGCAACAUCCAGUUUGUGUUUGACGCGGUGACGGACGUGAUCAUCCAAAACAAUCUCAAGUACAUUGGGCUGUGCUAGGACGAGGGGACGGGGGAGAGGGGUGGCGGGCGAGACAUACGGAAAAAACCUUUGGCGAAUGACGGGGACCGCCUGCCGAUCGAUCUGAGUGCCCUCAAAAACGCUUGUUGAAACAGGAAACUCAGAUGAGGCCCAGAGGAAAGGGCUACAUGCUGCCAACCUGCUAGAUUUAUCAAUGUCAAAAGCGUAAAGGUCAAAGGGGAUUUUACAAGGUUGGUAUAAAUGUGUUUGCACUGAACAUAUGAGUAUGUAGACACACACACAUACACCAUCGUUACGUUUGUUCACACACAACGGACUUCGGGAUCAGCCGUCAAGCACAUGUUUGACAUGGAAACACCGGAAACAGAUCUCCCCACUCUUCUCUUCCCUGACAAACAGCAGGAAUUCCUUAACGUCCAUGAAAGGGAUAGUUCAUCCGAAAAUGUGCUCAUUUGCUCAUGUCAUUCUAAACCUGUAUGACUU